UCGGACUCCUGCAGGGCAUUUCUGCAUACGAAGGCACACGUAAGAACUAAGAGGCAUUUCCUAACGGCCACUGUAGCACCAGUGUUGUACCUAUUUUAUGUGGUGUAGGAAAGAUAAAUAGAUGUUCAUGUAGCAUUCUUCAUUAAACUCAAAAAUAAAUGUUUGAAUUGAAAAAGAAUCGGCAUGAAUCAAUAGACACGGUCUUGUGCUAUUUUGUGUACAAGAUAUGAAAUAUAACCGGGAGUAGGUUCACGGAUGGACAAAUUGGUGGGAUGUCGAUCACUUUGUAGAUAUGUCCCAGCGGGUGUUGUCCGACGUGACCGGGGUGCUGAAGGGCCUGCAGAAAGUCGCUUCACAGGGUAUCAGACUCCAGGAAAACUACGUGAACAGGAUUUGGGCCAACUCGAGCUUCAAGGCAGCCGCUUCGGAUGUGAAGAGUGUGCUCCUCGAUAGACAGACACCUUCAAAAAAUGUAGGUUUGAAUUCAGCAGUUAGCUGUUGAAGCACUAGAGAGAAGUGCCAUGGUCUAUGAAGGUGUUAAAGCUUUUACGAAUUAUUCCCAAGGACUGUCAAAUUUUAAUUUAGGAUCAGCUAAUGCUGAGGUCCACGAUUCAAAACUCAAAACAAAAUAUGGUGAAAAAAGUGACCAAUACACAAUAGAAUUGACUCCACAACAAAUUGAGAAUGUUUCAAAACCAACGGAUGUUAUAAAUCGACAAACAGCGCCAAACCGACAGCUCACUCAGACUCUAAGUAUACAGGCGAGACAAAGGAAAGUUCCAUCGACGAGACUGGCAAGAAUGGUUUCUUUUGGAAGUCUUGCUGCAGGCCUUGGGAUAGGCACAAUGGCCGAAAUGACUAGACGGACACUUGGCUGGAAUGAUCUACAAAGUGAGAAUCCCUUUUUAACUCAUGCAAAUGCUGAACGGAUUGUCAACACCUUGUGCAAAGUUAGAGGUGCAGCCUUGAAGAUUGGGCAGUUGUUAAGCAUACAGGAUAGUAAUGUAAUAAACCCCACUCUUCAAGCAGUAUUUGAACGGGUCAGACAGUCUGCCGAUUUCAUGCCCUAUUAUCAAGUUGAGAAAGUAAUGAAAAGUGAACUUGGUCCGAAUUGGAGGGAUAAGUUUGCCGAGUUUAGCUUGAAGCCUUUUGCAGCAGCUUCAAUCGGACAGGUCCAUUGGGGGAAGCUGCACGAUGGAAUAGAAAUCGCUGUAAAAAUUCAGUACCCCGGAGUUGCCGACGGUAUCAAUAGUGAUAUAGAAAAUUUGGUGUCUGUCUUGAAUCUGUGGAAUGUGUUUCCUGAUGGCAUGUUUAUUGACAAAUUAGUUGAGGUCGCUAAGAAGGAGUUGGCCUGGGAAGUUGAUUAUUUAAGAGAGGCAGAAUGUACAAAGCGUUUUAAAGACCUUUUAAGCAACGAUAAUUCAUAUUUUGUGCCAAGAGUAGUAGAUGACUUAUCAACAAAGAAAGUUUUUGUAACAGAGUUAAUCGAAGGUAUCCCAGUUGACAAAUGCAUAGACUUGGACUUUGAAACCAGAUGUCAUAUUUGUUCACUCAUAAUGAAAUUGUGCCUACAUGAACUUUUUGUCUUUCGUUACAUGCAGACAGAUCCUAAUUGGUCUAAUUUUUUCUUUAAUACAAAUACACAGAAGCUUGUGUUAUUAGAUUUUGGUGCAACAAGGAGCUACAGUAAAAAAUUUAUGGACGAGUACAUUAAUAUUAUAAAAGCUGCAGCAGAUAGGGAAAAGGAAGUCGUCCUUGAAAUGUCGAGAAAAAUGGGAUUUUUGACUGGCUAUGAAUCUAAGGCUAUGGAGGAAGCACAUGUGGAAACUGUCAUGAUACUCGGUGAGGUGUUUAGUGACGACGAAGCUUUUGAUUUCGGCCGACAAGAUACGACGAAGAGAGUAACAAAAUUGGUACCCACCAUCCUCAACAACAGAUUAUGCCCACCCCCAGAAGAAAUAUACUCACUACACAGAAAAUUAUCGGGAGUUUUUCUCCUUUGUGCCAAGCUCAAAGUCAGAAUAUCAUGUAGACCAAUGUUCAUGCAAAUAUACAACAAUUACAAUUUUGAACCGAUUGUUGAGUGACAUAGAUUUUUUGUUUGUUUUUAAUUAUAGGAAAAAUAUAUAAAGUAAUGUGUAAUAGAUAAAUGAAAUUAAGAAGAAGAAAAAAAAAACAAAAAACAAUGCAUUGUCUCUUUACAUUAUAAUAUUUGUACAUUGAUUAAACAAACUUCUUUCCAGUG